CUGUACCUGCAUGCUUCAGUAAUAAACCAGUCAUUGGUCCGAACGGUUGUUUUACUAGAUACCUCACUGGCGACGACGCGAGAGUACCCACGUAUUUAAAACAAAAUGGCGCAGUCUUAUCUCGGUUCUUUGCCUAAUUUCGAUUACAAAUCCGGAGAGUGGUCUAUUUUUAAGGGGAAAUUAACUCAGUUUUUUAAAGUAAAUGCUACUAGUAUUACAGCCGAUAAAAAAUGUGCAGUGUUAAUAACGCAUCUUUCGGACGAUUCGUAUCGCUUGGCACGUAAUCUCGUGUACCCUAGUGAUUUAGAAGCGAAAACGUAUGACGAACUUAUUGCUGUUUUAGAUAAACAUUUUAAAAUUAAAAAGUGUUCAUUUGCUAAUAAGGCGAAGUUCUACAGUGCGACGAAAAAGCCAGACGAGUCUUUAGGAGACUGGGCGGCGCGGCUACGCGGGUUGGCAAGUUUUUGCGACCUGGGCACCGCCCUGGAGACGGUGCUGACGGACCGUUUCGUUCUCGGUCUGGGUUCCGGUCCCGAGCGCGACAAGCUGUUUGAACAAGACGCGGCGACCCUUACGUUCUCCAAGGCGUUGGAGGUCGCAGAGCAAGCGGCUAGUGCUAGGCAAGCCCAGGCGAUGGUAGGCGAAACUGGCAGUAUCGGCAACGUGCCGAUAAAGGAGGAGCCGGUGUUCCGUGCGGCGAGCGCGGCGAGCCCUGGGCGCGGCGGCGCCCGUGGCCGCGCCAGUCGCGGUGGCGGAGCUGGCGCCGGUCGUGCUACGGAUGUCGCAUCGGGUUCCAAAUGGCAUCAACGCGAUGACUUCAAUAGGUGUAAUAUUUGCGGCAUGAAAAACCACAGUGCGGAAACGUGUCGUUACAAAGGUUAUAAGUGCGGCAAGUGUGGUGUUAAGGGACACCUAAAGAAAGUAUGCAAACUAAGAUUUCACAAUAUCCAAGCACAGGGAGGAGAAUCGGAAACUUCUUGCGAGGACUGUGAGGAGUGCGCGCUAUACAAUUUAAGGUAUGAACAUUACGAUCCCAUUAUUUUAACUGUAUUAAUCAACGGUGACAAAUUUUAUAUGGAACUUGACUCAGGAUGGGGCCCCGAGCAGGAGGAGGCAUUCACCGCUAUUAAACGGGAAAUGGCUUCAGGGCGAGUCCUUACUCAUUUUGACCCGGAAGCGCGACUCGUUUUGAGUGUUGACGCUGGACCCGCCGGUCUGGGUGCCGUGAUAUCGCUUGGGCCGGAAGGUCACGAGCGACCCCUGGCUUUCGCCUCCCGGGCACUUACGCCCAGCGAGAAAAAUUACAGCCAGGUCCACAAAGAAGCCGCAGCCAUCGUAUACGGAGUGAAACAUUUCCACCAGUACCUAUACGGGCGAAUUGCUGAUAAGACAGAUAGCGCUGUGCAAGCAAACCAGUCGCCGCCGCCGCCCGCGCCCGCUUCCGCGCCUUCCCCGCGCCCUUUGACCUUUUCGCCCGCUCCGGCUCCGGCACCGACGGCACAGGCGUUGCAACCUUCAUCCCCGUACUUACCUAUGUCAUUGUCGAGGCCGGACGCAAUUGAAGAUAUUGAUCAAGAUAUAAACGAGCCAUUAGACAUUGCAUCCGACAACGACUUUUAUGAGUGUGAUGAUAAUAAUGUAGAGGGAGAGGAAACGGAUCGACAGGUACUAGAAUCUGAAACGCUAAGCUCUGUGCCCCCGGGCCCCGCGCCCGCGUCGGCUCCCGCGAGCCCUGUACCGCCCGCGUCCCCCGCGGACUCGCAUCGGCUGCGCCCGCGAGCGCAGCAGCAGCAGCUGGCUCAGAACGAGCAGACUGAAAACCAGUCGGAUCCGGUUCCCCGCCGAUGUAAUUUAAGGCCUAGAACUAAAAGGGUUAACUAUAAAUGA